AUGCCAACAUCCACAUCAGCCAUUAUUCUUCGACAUGCCUUUCAAAACAAACACAAACUCAUCACCAGUUAUCUCACAAAAGGAACCAAUCCUCUCCAGAAUCAAGUGAUGAAUCCAUUUGAUUGUGCUCUGUGUAUUUCUUCGAACGAGAAUGAAAAACUUCUUCUCGUUGCCGACUACACCAAUAACCGAGUGUUAAUUUUAAAGUUACCGAGUGGAGAGCUCGUCAAUCACAUUGAAAAUGUCAUGCACCCACAUGGAUUGUGUGUGGAUCGAGAGGUGUUUCAUUCACAAAAUGGUUCCGAAAUUGUGGAAUUUAGAAAAACAUUUUUGGUUUCGGAUUGCAUGGAACAUGUGGUGAAGAGAUUUGAUAUCGAGUCUGGAAAAUUAUUACAAAAAAUAGGAAAAGGUGUUGGUUCGGAAAAUGGAUAUUUUGAUCGACCUACAGGAAUGUGUAUCGAUUACAAAACGAGGAGACUCUACGUCACAGAUUAUGGUAACAACAGAAUUCAAAUUUUUAAUUUGCAAAAUGGAGAAUUUAUUUCGAGUUUUGGACAACAUCUUCAAGUGAUGGAUGUCAUUUCCUCGACUAGCUCUGAGACCACUCAAUCAUUGAAUGGACCAUUUGGAAUUGCCAUUGAACAUUUUUAUCAUCAUAUCCAUUUCGAUGAACAAGCACAACAACAAUUCAUUCAUCCACAUCACACCAUAACGACAUCGAUAGAGUCACCCAUCUCGACCACUCUUCCUUCAGAAUCUCCCUCCAUAUUAUACACACUUAUUUAUGUGGUUGAUUCCAAAAGUCAUUCUGUGAAAAUGUUUGAUGGUGAAGGAAAUUAUAUUGGAGAUGCCAUUUCCAAUGUGAAAACUCUUUCCUCUUCUCAACUCUCUCUCACUCAAUCCUUCCUCAAAAAUCCAUAUCACGUGCUCAUUGAUGGCAAUCAUUUAAUUGUUUCAGACAGUGGAAAUCAUGCUGUGAAAAUUUUCUCAAAGCCAAAAUUAUCUUUUUCACACAGCACCAGCAGUAGCGCCACAACUCCACACUAUUCCAUUGCAAAACAAUGUAAAUUUAAGGAUGGAAUUGGAACCAAUCGAUACAUUUAUGAAGAAAUACCUUCAAGAAGAAUUGUGGACUCUUCUUUUAGACUCGACAAUAAUAACAAUCAUGAGGAUUUGGCCUCAAUGACAUUUUCACCAACAUUACCAACGAUUGAAUUUAAUUAUCCCAUUGGAUUGGCCUUGGAUUUUUCAACAGGUGAUUUAUUUGUUGUAGAUUGUGUUAAUCAUCGUGUUGUAGUGAUUAGAUAA